AUGUCGCUUUCCAGCAAGCUCGGUAUCUCUGAUGUCGAUCUCAAGGAUAAGAGAGUGCUCAUCCGAGUCGACUUCAACGUGCCCCUCGACUCCGACAAGAAGGUUACCAACACCCAGCGCAUAGCCGGAGCUCUUCCUACCAUCAAGUAUGCCGUCGAUCAUGGUGCCAAGGCAGUGGUCCUCAUGUCCCACCUUGGACGUCCGGACGGAAAGGCCAAUCCUAAGUACAGCUUGAAGCCGGUUGUUCCCGAGCUCGAGAAGCUACUAGGCAAAAGUGUCACCUUCACUGAAGACUGCGUCGGUCCGAAGGUCGAAGAAACUGUGAACAAGGCCAGCAAUGGCCAGGUUAUCCUCUUGGAGAACCUGCGCUUCCACGCUGAAGAAGAGGGCAGCAGCAAGGAUGACCAGGGCAACAAGGUCAAGGCCGACAAGGCUAAGGUUGAGGAGUUCAGAAAGGGACUGACCGCUCUUGGAGAUGUCUACAUCAACGAUGCCUUUGGUACCGCUCACCGUGCACACAGCUCAAUGGUUGGUGUCGAUCUACCCCAGAAAGCCGCAGGUUUCCUCAUGAAGAAAGAGCUCGACUACUUCGCCCAAGCCCUUGAGAACCCUAAGCGACCAUUCCUUGCCAUUCUGGGUGGCGCGAAGGUUUCGGACAAGAUCCAGCUCAUCGAUAACCUACUGGACAAGGUCAACACUUUGAUUGUCUGCGGUGGCAUGGCCUUCACUUUCAAGAAAACCCUCGAGAACGUCAAGAUCGGCAACAGCUUGUUCGACGAAGCGGGCAGCAAGAAGUGUGCUGAGCUCGUGGAGAAGGCGAAGAAGAACAAUGUCAAGAUUGUGUUGCCAGUCGACUACAUUACUGCGGACAAGUUCGACAAGGAUGCCAAUACCGGUACCGCGACCGACUCAGAGGGCGUUCCCGACGGCUGGAUGGGUCUAGACUGUGGCGAGGAGAGCAUCAAGCUGUACAAGCAAGCCAUCGAUGAAUCCUCCACAAUCCUAUGGAACGGCCCUCCCGGCGUUUUCGAGUUCGAAAAGUUCGCCAACGGUACCAAGAAGACAAUGGAUGCUGCGGUGUCUGCUGCAGGUAAUGGCAAAAUUGUCAUCAUUGGCGGCGGAGAUACGGCUACUGUUGCUGCCAAGUAUGGCGUGGAAGACAAGUUAAGUCAUGUCUCGACCGGUGGAGGUGCCAGCUUGGAACUUCUGGAGGGCAAAGAUCUCCCAGGUGUCAGCGCUUUGUCCAGUAAGUGA